UCAUGGAGUCUAUGAAGUAGGAAUCCCAUUUACAUCACCCUUCAUGAGCUGAAAUGGUUGGUUUAGGUUACCCUUUUUUAAAUUGCACUGAGUUGACACACCAUCGAGGCCAAGCUGCUGAUCACCGGGAAGAUGACCGGCACAAAAGCCACUGCGCCAACCAAACACCUCGCCGCUUGUUGUAUAUCGCACGAGUUCUAUAGACGCGCUUCAGCUAACCCAAGCAGGAUUGCAGUGAUACACGCGUCCGGUGGUAGUCGGCUAUUCCAAGAAUUCCACCGCCUUCACAGUGACUACAGUAGCGACCAAACCUUUACUGACUUUGAUGAGCUCGUGUCAGAGAAGAGGACUUCAUAUCGUCCUACAAUUUACGAAGGCGACAUAUGCUUCACUUUUUCUGACAUUCUAUCAGCGGUUGAUGCUCUCAGCGCUAAGCUCCGCCGGGUUCUCAACUGCACCGAUGAUUCCCGACUUAUUAAAUACGAUGAUUCAGGUAUUCGCAUUCCUCCUGCAGGCAGGUUAUGCGUCUUAGUUUACAAGUGCCCGUUCAGCUGCUGAAAAUGGUGCUUAAGCGGUUCAACGGGCCACGGAAGCUGUAAAAAUCGAUUCUUUUUCUAAGAAUCACUUUCUUUUGUGGCUUACUUUUGUAUAUCAAUAUGAAGUAAUCCAUAAUAAUUUUCUUUGAUUUGCAUUAAUGGCAGUUUCCUUCAUUUUAAGCUAUGGUUGCAAAAACUUGUCUGAUUAAAAGAAACUAGUUACGAAACAGUACAAAUACACUCCCAAGGCUUCCUCUUAGGUGGAAAUGGAUCCUUAAGGAUUUUUAAUGGCAAUGCUUUAAACACCAUGUGAAUUGCAAUGGACAUAUAAGCACCUCUCUUCAUGGAUUCUAAGUGGAUGUGGUUGCCAUUUUCUUCCUGCUCAUAUACUCAUGGAAAUCAUCAGAUGUUCUCCAUCAUAAUAGUAAACUAAGAAGUUUAUUUAGCCAAUUAUGUACACACGACAAGGAAGAAACAAAAUAUGAUUUAUCUCAAGGGUAUGAGAGUUGAAUGAUGUGAAAGUUGAAGCUGUACAGAAUUUGAGAAACUGAGAAAGUGAGAACUAAAAACAUCAAUUAUGGAGUAUGGAUCAUGGGGAGGUGGGGAUAUCUCUACCCAAUUAAGGUUGUAGGAAAUUAAUUUGUGUCUAAAAAAAGGUGAAGUGCAGUGAAACGAAGCUCCAACAUAUUAAUUCGUCCAAUACAGAGCUCUAGUUCCCUACUCUUCUCGUUUUUGCUUUGCUCAACUUGGGUUCUUCAAAGGCUUCUCCAAUACGGAGAGAGAAAAUGAAAAGAACAUAAGCAUCCGUUGGGGGGGAAUAUCCAUCUAGAAGUUUUUUUCUUGUCUGAUGUGGCAAGAUCUGUAAUGUCCAUUAAAACAUGUUUAUUGUUCCUUUGAGAAACAUUGAACAGAUAUGUUUAUAUUGCCUUUAAAUGAGUGCUUUGAAGGCUUAUUUGCACGUCAAAAGAAGUUAAGAGCUAAUCUGCACCUCAGGUGAAUGUACUUGAUAUGUGUAUUUGCAACUUUUCCCAAAGUAAUUAGUUGUCAAAAUCUUGUUUUCUCAUUCUCCUCCUUUUUUGUUUUCUUUUUUGACGGUCUUUACCUACUUCUUAGCUAUCUCAGUUGUAGCAGGCAAUGACUUUCACAGGGAACAGUUAGUACAAGAUCAAUAUUCUGAAUGUAUGGAUGCUCAUGGUCUGAGUGUAAAACACUUAAAUGAAUCUCAGAAGACGUAUACUCCAAAAGUAAUAGGAAUAUAUACGGAGCCAUCUACUGAAUAUAUCGUUACUGUCCUCUCUGUACUGAGAUGUGGAUAAGCAUCCUUUUUUGUUUUCUUUUUUGACGGUCUUUACCUACUUCUUAGCUAUCUCAGUUUUAGCAGGCAAUGACUUUCACAGGGAACAGUUAGUACACGAUCAAUGUUCUGAAUGUAUGGAUGCUCAUGGUCUGAGUGUAAAACACUUAAAUGAAUCUCAGAAGACGUAUACUCCAAAAGUAAUAGGAAUAUAUACGGAGCCAUCUAUUGAAUAUAUCGUUACUGUCCUCUCUGUACUGAGAUGUGGAUAUGCUUUUAUGCCACUGGAGCCAUCAUGGCCUAAUGAGAGGAUAUCACGGGUACUAUCUUCUUCAAAAGUGGACCUCCUUGUGGGUUGCGGGUCUCUAGUUAACAGUAGUUUUCACUGCAUCGAUAAGUUAGAUUGGCUCAUUGAUGAUGGAAGAUGUCCUGUAUUGCCUAUAUAUAUGGAAGAUUACAUCCAAAAGAAUGAUUCUGGUCCACUGAAUUUAGUCUGGCCAUGUGAAAGAGAAAGGUUAAGAUCAUUCUGUUACUUGAUUUACACAUCUGGGUCUACUGGGGAGCCUAAAGGUGUAUGUGGCACUGAAGCAGGUCUUCUGAAUCGCUUUUUUUGGAUGCAAGAAUUGUACCCCUUACAAGUAGAAGAUCAGUUGCUCUUCAAAACAUCAAUAAGUUUUAUUGAUCAUUUGCAGGAAUUUCUUGGAGCUCUGCUAGCCACCUGUACGUUGGUUAUACCCCCUUUCAAUCAGCUGAAAGAAAAUUUGUUUUAUAUUGUCAGUUUUUUAAAGGAUUACUCGAUCAACAGGAUUAUAGCCGUUCCAUCAUUCAUGAGAGCUAUUAUUCCUACACUAGGAAGUCUAUAUUUUAGGAAAAUUCAAAGCUCUUUGAAAGUUUUAGUAUUAAGUGGUGAAACUUUGCACCUUUCAAUGUUGAAGGUCCUUGUUGAGCUACUGCCCCGGACUGUUAUUUUGAAUUUAUAUGGGAGUACAGAGGUUUCUGGUGAUUGUACAUACUUUGAUUGCAAGGAUUUGCCUCUCAUACUGGAGUAUGAAAAUUUGAGUAGUGUUCCAAUUGGCUUGCCUUUGUACAACUGUGAUGUUCUGCUCCAUGGAGAUGAUGAUCCCAAUGAAGGAGAGAUAUGUGUUGGUGGGCUCUGCCUUUCAGCAGGAUACUUUAAUUCUCCAUUUGUUUUGCCAUUGGACUAUGUAGAAUUGUCUCAGGGAUUUGAUAGUGAGAGCACUGACCAUAGAGUUCAAUGCUAUUUUAGAACCGGGGAUUUUGCCAGAAAACUUCAAAAUGGGAAUUUUGUUUUUCUAGGGAGAAAAGACCGCACUGUUAAGGUUAGUGGGCAGCGCAUUGCUUUGGAGGAGGUUGAAAAUGUUUUGACAGAACAUCCAGAAGUAGCUGAUGCCACUGUAAUUUUCCGUAAUGACGAAGGGGAUAUUUCACUCCUGGAAGCGCAUCUGAUACUGAAGGAAAACAGUGAACAUGUUGUGACUUCGAGAUCUAUUAUGAAUUGGUUAGCCAAAAAACUCCCUCCGGCUAUGGUUCCUGCUCGUUUCUUCUUCACUGAUUCUUUUCCCAUGUCUUCUGGUGGAAAAGUUGAUUACAACCUAUUGGCUAAUUCCCGUGUAUGCAACACAUGUUUCAAUAGUGAGACCGAUGGAACUCAAGAUCUUGACCUGAUUCAAGCUAUCGAAAAGGCUUUUUGUGAUGGUUUAAGGGUUGAUAAGGUCUCCCAUAAUGCUGACUUUUUUGAGAUGGGUGGUAAUUCUAUCUCUGCUGCAUAUGUCUGUUACGCUUUAGGAAUCAACAUGAAGGAGUUGUAUACUUUUCCAACACCAAAGAGGCUUCAGCUUGCACUUCUAAGAAACGAGGUUUCAUCCAAUCAUGGUCUUGGAUCAGGUUCUUCAAAAGUAGUGAAUCAUGAAGAGCCAAGCAAUAGUAAGAUUUUUUCUGUAGAUACAAAGGAACUCAGUCAUAACAGAAAGGUGUCCCUAAGAGAACAUCCUUUUAAAUGCAUGAAGAUGGAUUCAGAUUUGUACAUUGGAUCUAAUGAUGUUGGUGCAAGAGAUAAUUCCUAUUUGAGCUUUGAUCUUAUCAAAUGCUCAUUUAGCCGAUGCAAUCAUGUGAAACAUGUAGAGCAAUGUGAGGGGAGUGAAUGCUAUAGUGUGCACACACAGGAAUUUCCAAUUGAUGGAAAAUUUUCAAUACGAGAAUGCUGGAAAGUUCACAUGGAAUCUUGUGUGGAUGCUUCACCACUAGUUGUGCAUAGAAAAAGUGAUGUGUACGUGUUUAUAGGGUCUCACUCCCACAAGUUCAUUUGCAUAGAUGCCAAAAGUGGUAUUGUUCAAUGGAUGGUCAAAUUACGAGGAAGAGUUGAAUGUUCAGCUGCGAUUGUUGGUGAUUUUUCUCAGGUGGUUGUGGGUUGUUAUGAGGGGAAUAUUUAUUUUCUGAAUUUUUUAAAUGGCAGCACCUGUUGGAGUUACCAAACAUAUGGAGAGGUCAAGUCACAGCCAGUGGUUGACAAAUCCAGGCACCUAGUCUGGUGUGGGUCACACGACCACAACCUAUAUGCUCUGGACUACGAAAACCAUUGCUGUAUUUUCAAAAUAUCAUGUGGUGGAAGCAUAUUUGGCUCCCCUGCAAUUGAUGAGAUGCAAGGAAGACUUUAUGUGGCAUCAACAAGUGGCCGGCUCACUGCAGUAUCUCAGGAGGCUCAGCCAUAUUGUGUGCUAUGGAUAAAAGAUCUGGGAGCCCCUGUUUUUGGGCCGCUUUCCAUAAACUCGUCUUGUGGAAUAGUGAUAUGCUGCUUAGUUGAUGGAAGUGUACUUGCUCUGGACGUGAGAGGAUCAAUUGUUUGGAAGGGAAGAACAGGAGGUCCAAUAUUUGCAGGACCAUGCAUGUCGCAUUCAUUGACAUCUCAGCACUCCAAAUUCGCAUGCUUCUUGUGUAACUAAAAAAGCAAUAUCUUGAUAGGUGCUUGUUUGUUCAAGAGAUGGAUGCAUCUAUUCAUUUGACUUGGAAAAUGGGAAAUUGCUCUGGAAACACAGUGUUGAAGAUCCCAUCACUGCAUCAGCAUAUAUCGACGAGCACUUGCUACUGACACAUGAUCGCCAAACCCUGCCGCGGAGGUUCAUCUGUGUAUGCACGAGUUCUGGAAGUAUUCAUGUGCUUCAAGUUGACUCAGAUUGUAAUGAGGCAGCAAGAAAGUUGUCGGGGGGAGAUAUGAUCCAGGAAUUUGCUAAAUUGAAUCUUGAAGGUGAAAUCUUCUCUUCCCCUGUGAUGAUUGGCGGAAGCAUAUAUGUUGGAUGCCGGGAUGAUUACAUCCACUGCUUAAAGCUCGAGAUACAAGUUCCCAAUUGAAAACCAAAGCCAAUGCCUUUGUUAUCAUAUGUACAGGGUUACACUACUGAUUCUUUUUCAACUUUUAGUGUGUGUUUGGUUGGAAUACUUUGGAGGAGUGCUGUUCUUGGGUUCGGUGAGCAGGGGAGAACGGGGAAAUUUGGGUGCGGUUAUUAUCCUUGUUUUUCUGCAACUCUUUAUCAAGUGUUUAUCUCCUUCAGGAGCUACGCACAUGCCUUCAUGCGGUUUUUGCACCAUGUAUGUAAUCAUACUCUUUCCUUAUUAUUCAUGUUCUGGUUUUCCAAAAUACAUAGAAUUCAUACACAAUUGUCUUACUAACAUACUCUACACAUUUCGCCUAUACGUAUGGCACACUUUAAUAGUACUUAAAUCAUUCUACUCAUCAUAUUCAAGUUAUUGUACUCAUCAUAUGACAUGCAUAUCACUUCAAUCAGAAUUUC